AUGAGUGACACCACCAACUCCGAUCAGGGCCAGACCGGAACUGGUAGCAGCUACGUGCAUGUUGAGCGCAGCGAUGUCGAAAGCUACCAGAACAGUCUCUAUGCUGGUCAGCUCGACUACUCGGAAUCUUCAGCUUCCUGGGGAAACCUCCAAUCCGGAUCCAGCGGCCAGAAUGUUGCUUCCCGGGAUGCUGCCGGUGGUCAACACACGGACUGCACUCGGUGGUUCGAGCCAGGCUGGCGUCGCAGUCCCUACCAGAUAUCGACCAUGUACGCCGGGCCUAGCGACUACAACCCACAUACUCACCCCUCUACAACUUACAAGAUGACAUUAGGCAAACCUAUCCUGCGCUUACUCAAGGUGACGAUACGAUGUCUCCUUACAGGGCAGCAUUCGGACAAGUGCCAGAUGGGCGGUGGUCCACAGUCUACCAACAAGCCGAACGUCGGCAGCAUCUGGACCAACAAGUGA